AUGUCCAGUUUGUACACACAAAUACCGUCAUGAAGCAAUCCAAGCAAAAGUAUUAUGCUUUCUUUCUUUCUUUAUGCAUAAAUUAUAAAAAUACAUACUUCCUGUUUUGAUGUGUCCAACGUUAGGUGAUAAACAUAUUCAAUUCGAUAUUCUCAGGAUAUAGAACGUAUAUAAUUAAGUUAAUAAACAUUUAAAUUAUCAACAGGUUUAACGGUAUUUUUUGCGUCUUGCGUCCAGAAUCAACCAGUGCGAAGAAGAAGUUACUGUUCGUCAACAACAGCCAUCGCAUCCCACGAAAAACCCCCUCAAAAACCACUUCCAAAGCCACGUCCAAGAAAAUCGCCACCAAAUGUAAAGCAGGUAAUAUAAUAUUUGAAAUAAAUUGUUUACUACAAAUCCUGGUCUUUCCAACAAUCGGAUUGGCGGUAGCAGUGGCAUCUUUUUGAUAAGACAUGCUGGGUUGUCAGAGGCAGUGAGCUCCGACAGCGUUUCCUUUUAUCUGCCCUUUAAAAUAUUGAAAAAUACGCUGUCAACGUCAUCUGGCAACAUUCGUCGUUAACAUUCGGCAAAACCUGUAUAAACGUAGCUUUAAAUGCAACCCAGAGGUAACGUUGCUGCGUUAUUCAUUUAGAAAGCUACAGAGAAAAAAGAAGGACCCAGGACCAAUAGCGCACAAGAAACUCAUGGUAAAAUGGAGAAGUCAUACAGUUUAGUUUUCACAACAUUUUUUGACUUGAUGAUAAUCAAUGAGGAAAACACAUGUAUCCACACUUGGACGGGUAAAAUAUACAGCAUUUUCACGGAGAUUACGAUAUCGUGUUAGAAUCAGUGUAGUUAGGAUAAGCAGUGAUCACUCAACAUUAGGAUUGUAUUAAGGUGGAUUCGGAGAGUUUUGAUCCUUUGCGGGUAAGAUGGACGCUUCUUACCUCCGCCAAGAGAUUGUGUUUUUAUCCGCGUUUGUGUGCGUAUGUAUGUGCAUGUGUAUGUGUCUGUCUCUUAGCAUGAUAACUCAAAAACUAUCAAAGGUAUUAAUACAAAAAUUUGUGUUACUAAUGGACAUUGUCGAGGAAAGAUUUCUUAAAUUUGGUCAAGUUUGGAUGAAAAUUAAAUUAUCAAACGUUUGUCUUGCUUUGCUGGACAGAGUAAACUGAAUACGUAAGCAACUCAUUGUAUAAUUUAUGCAUGACACAUCACUUAAUUCGCUGGCGAAGGUAUGUAGUCUCCGAGUUCCUUCUAGUUCCAAAUUCAAUAAUCUUAUACUUGUCUUCUCCUUUAAUCGGUCACAUAAGAUGACCCUUAUAAUUAUGUUGUUUAUGUACUAUGGUAAUAUGCUUGCUAAACCAUCAUCCUUAAUUUUCCAUUUAUUAUUCAGCAUUAAUUCAACGACUUGAACAAGAAAACACCAACAACAACAAUGAAAUUCAACAACUUCGACAAGAAACCUUCAACAAGAUUAACGAGAUUCAGCAGCUUCGAGAAGAAAACAUCAGCAUGAAUAGAGAAAAGCAGCAAGUUCAACAAGAAAACGCUGACCUGAGAAUUGAAAUUCAGCAUCUUCAAGAAACUACAAUACUAGAAAACUUCAACAAGAAUGAAAUUCAACAACUUCGAAAAAAGAAAAGCAAAAGGAGGAAUGAAAUGUAUGUUAGUCGACAAGAAAACGUCAACAAGAACAACCAAAAUCAGCAACUUGUCAAUCAACAGGAAAUCGUUAACACAAAUAAUGAAAUUCAGAGACUUCCAGGAGAAAACCUCAACAUUAAUAACGAGAUUCUUGAACUUCGACGAGAAAAUGCCAACAUGAGCAGAAGAAACCAGAAAGUCCAAAAGGAAAACGAUCACCUGAGAAUUGAAAUCGAGCAACGUAAAGAAGAUACUAUAUUCAGCUUCUGCGAAGGAAGGGGAUCAGUAAUAGUUUCCAAGGAAAUAUUAGGAAGAGGUGGGUGGGGUACUGUUUAUAUAGGAGACUUUUAUGGACCUAAAGUAGCAGUUAAAGAAUUUCAAGAAAUUAUUUUAUCUCCGCAUUACGAGGAAAUCCUUGGGCGUGAAAUAAAAAUCGCAUCACAAUGUCGACAUCCUAAUUUACUACAGUUUAUUUGUGCAACGGAGAAUGAUCAGCACCAUCUUUUAAUUGUGACAAAACUGAUGGAUAUGACUUUGCGUACAUUACUCGAGCAACGUGCAAGAGAAAAAUCAGGGAUGGAGUACCAGGAAAUUAAAUCAAUUUCCUUAGAUGUGGCACGUGGCCUCAACUACCUUCAUUCAAAAAAGCCAAGCCCAGUUAUCCAUCGUGAUGUUAGCAGUGCCAACGUAUUGUUAUGGAUUGAAAAUGGUGCAGUAAGAAGAGCGAAAGUAUCAGAUUAUGGUUCAGCCAAUUUCAUGCAAAAGUGCAACACAGCAAAUCCAGGAGCAGCGCUGUACGCUGCACCUGAAGCCAGUCGUGCGGAACAUGACGCAAAGGUAAUUAUUAUAAAAGCUACUUGUACUGAGUA